AUGCCAACUAAAUGUCCUGAAACAAAACGCUGUGGUACGCAUGCGUCCGGUUGGCUGAAUGGAAAGCAUCCGUCUGUCGCAGAUGGUAUAGUAAGCCGUGAGGUUUGUUAUCACUGGUCAAAAAACUGCUGUCGAUGGAAAAACAAGAUAAAUGUGAAGAAUUGCGGUGCAUUUUAUUUGUAUGAGCUGCAAAAACCACCUGCGUGCUCACUUCGAUACUGCGAGGCCACAGAAUGUUCUGUUGGCGGCUACCAAGAACUUAACCAAGCUGAUCGUGCAAUGGGUAACUCUAACCAAAGUAAGGUUCAGUGCGAUGGAAGGGCUCCAGAUAACAUACUGGUACCAAAGUGGUAUCGUAUGACGGGAGACAGUGGUGACCAGAUUCCAGAGAAAUGUGUACCCAUGAGACGCUGCGGUACUCACGCUCCAGGCUGGCUUAAUGGUAAACAUCCAAGUCUCCGGGAAGGUGUGGUAGCUCGUCAAGUUUGUUAUCAUUGGACACGCGGAUGUUGUCAAUGGAAACAGAACAUUAAGAUCCGUAAUUGUGGUGAUUUUUAUGUGUACGAGCUGCAGAAACCGCCAGCGUGUUCGUUACGUUACUGUGGAAACAAAGGAGGUAAAAUAUUCAACCCAUGUUCUCGUGGGAAAUACAAGCUCCUCAACACAUACGACCGUCUUGUGGGAAACAAAGAUCAAAGCUCAGUGAAGUGUGAUCAGCGAGAUAUCGCUCUCCCGGGCUGGUUUCGCUUCACUGGUGCAGCUGGGGACAGAAUGCCAACUAAAUGUCCUGAAACAAAACGCUGUGGUACGCAUGCGCCCGGUUGGCUGAAUGGAAAGCAUCCGUCUGUCGCAGAUGGUAUAGUAAGCCGUGACGUUUGUUAUCACUGGUCAAAAAACUGCUGUCGAUGGAAAAACAAGAUAAAUGUGAAGAAUUGCGGUGCAUUUUAUUUGUAUGAGCUGCAAAAACCACCUGCGUGCUCACUUCGAUACUGCGAGGCCACGGAAUGUUCUGCUGGCGGCUACCAAGAACUUAACCAAGCUGAUCGUGCAAUGGGUAACUCUGACCAAAGUAGGAUUCAGUGCGAUGGAAGAGCUCCUGAUAACAUACUGGUACCAAAGUGGUAUCGUAUGACGGGAGACAGUGGUGACCAGAUUCCAGAGAAAUGUGUACCCAUGAGACGCUGCGGUACUCAUGCUCCAGGCUGGCUUAAUGGUAAACAUCCAAGUCUCCGGGAAGGUGUUGUAGCUCGUCAAGUCUGUUACCAUUGGACACGCGGAUGUUGUCAAUGGAAACAGAACAUUAAGAUCCGUAAUUGUGGUGAUUUUUAUGUGUACGAGCUGCAGAAACCGCCAGCGUGUUCGUUACGUUACUGUGGAAACAAAGGAGUAUUCAACCCAUGUUCUCGUGGCAAAUACAAGCUCCUCAACACAUACGACCGUCUUGUGGGAAACAAAGAUCAAAGCUCAGUGAAAUGUGAUCAGCGAGAUGUCGCUCUCCCGGGCUGGUUUCGCUUCACUGGUGCAGCUGGGGACAGAAUACCAACUAAAUGUCCUGAAACAAAACGCUGUGGUACGCAUGCGCCCGGUUGGCUGAAUGGAAAGCAUCCGUCUGUCGCAGACGGUAUAGUAAGCCGUGACGUUUGUUAUCACUGGUCAAAAAACUGCUGUCGAUGGAAAAACAAGAUAAAUGUGAAGAAUUGCGGUGCAUUUUAUUUGUAUGAGCUGCAAAAACCACCUGCGUGCUCACUUCGAUACUGCGAGGCCACAGAAUGUUCUGUUGGCGGCUACCAAGAACUUAACCAAGCUGAUCGUGCAAUGGGUAACUCUAACCAAAGUAAGGUUCAGUGCGAUGGAAGAGCUCCAGAUAACAUACUGGUACCAAAGUGGUAUCGUAUGACGGGAGACAGUGGUGACCAGAUUCCAGAGAAAUGUGUUCCCAUGAGACGCUGCGGUACUCACGCUCCAGGCUGGCUUAAUGGUAAACAUCCACGUUUGCAAGAAGGUGUGGUAGCUCGUCAAGUCUGUUAUCACUGGACGGGUGGAUGUUGUCAAUGGAAAAAUAGCGUUAAAAUCCGAAACUGCGGCGACUUCUAUGUGUACGAGCUGCAAAAACCACCAGCGUGUUCGUUACGUUACUGUGGAAACAAAGGAGUAUUCAACCCAUGUUCUCGUGGGAAAUACAAGCUCCUCAACACAUACGACCGUCUUGUGGGAAACAAAGAUCAAAGCUCAGUGAAAUGUGAUCAGCGAGAUGUCGCUCUCCCGGGCUGGUUUCGCUUCACUGGUGCAGCUGGGGACAGAAUGCCAACUAAAUGUCCUGAAACAAAACGCUGUGGUACGCAUGCGCCCGGUUGGCUGAAUGGAAAGCAUCCGUCUGUCGCAGAUGGUAUAGUAAGCCGUGACGUUUGUUAUCACUGGUCAAAAAACUGCUGUCGAUGGAAAAACAAGAUAAAUGUGAAGAAUUGCGGUGUAUUUUAUUUGUAUGAGCUGCAAAAACCACCUGCGUGCUCACUUCGAUACUGCGAGGCCACGGAAUGUUCUGUUGGCGGCUACCAAGAACUUAACCAAGCUGAUCGUGCAAUGGGUAACUCUGACCAAAGUAGGGUUCAGUGCGAUGGAAGAGCUCCAGAUAACAUACUGGUACCAAAGUGGUAUCGUAUGACGGGAGACAGUGGUGACCAGAUUCCAGAGAAAUGUGUACCCAUGAGACGCUGCGGUACUCAUGCUCCAGGCUGGCUUAAUGGUAAACAUCCAAGUCUCCGGGAAGGUGUGGUAGCUCGUCAAGUCUGUUAUCAUUGGACACGCGGAUGUUGUCAAUGGAAACAGAACAUUAAGAUCCGAAAUUGUGGUGAUUUUUAUGUGUACGAGCUGCAAAAACCACCAGCGUGUUCGUUACGUUACUGUGGAAAUAAAGGAGUAUUCAACCCAUGUUCUCGUGGGAAAUACAAGCUCCUCAACACUUACGACCGUCUUGUGGGAAACAAAGAUCAAAGCUCAGUGAAGUGUGAUCAGCGAGAUGUCGCUCUCCCGGGCUGGUUUCGCUUCACUGGUGCAGCUGGGGACAGAAUGCCAACUAAAUGUCCUGAAACAAAACGCUGUGGUACGCAUGCGCCCGGUUGGCUGAAUGGAAAGCAUCCGUCUGUCGCAGAUGGUAUAGUAAGCCGUGACGUUUGUUAUCACUGGUCAAAAAACUGCUGUCGAUGGAAAAACAAGAUAAAUGUGAAGAAUUGCGGUGCAUUUUAUUUGUAUGAGCUGCAAAAACCACCUGCGUGCUCACUUCGAUACUGCGAGGCCACGGAAUGUUCUGUUGGCGGCUACCAAGAACUAAACCAAGCUGAUCGUGCAAUGGGUAACUCUAACCAAAGUAGGGUUCAGUGCGAUGGAAGAGCUCCUGAUAACAUACUGGUACCAAAGUGGUAUCGUAUGACGGGAGAAAGUGGUGACCAGAUUCCAGAGAAAUGUGUACCCAUGAGACGCUGCGGUACUCACGCUCCAGGCUGGCUUAAUGGUAAACAUCCACGUUUGCAAGAAGGUGUGGUAGCUCGUCAAGUCUGUUAUCACUGGACAGGUGGAUGUUGUCAAUGGAAAAAUAGCGUUAAAAUCCGAAACUGCGGCGACUUCUAUGUGUACGAGCUUCGAAAGCCUCCGGCGUGUUCAUUACGCUAUUGUGGGAACAAAGAAGCGCCUACAACUCAGCCACCAAUCAUAGAACCAACACAGUCACCAGGAGUAAAUGUUACUUGUGUUAAAGACGAGAUGUUCAUCAGCAUUCCAAAGAAAUUUCUUCCGGGCAUAAGAGUGGAUCAUCUCCGUCUCAGUGAUAUGAAUUGUGGAGCCACAGAGACCCAAACUCACUUCAUUCUUCGCACAGAACUAAAGGAAUGCCACACAACGAGCAGGGAUACCAAGAAUUCUUUCUGUUACAGAAACAAGGUGUUGAAGAUAUCUGUCGAACACCAACCGAUAAUCACGCGUGUGCGCGAAGUUGAAAUACCCUUCAGCUGUUGCUACUCAAACACCGGUAUCGUUUCCUCUGUUGCUCUCAAAGUCGAAAGUAAAAAGAUCGUUCUCUCCAAAGAUGGAUUUGGAGAAUUUGCUUUAGAAAUGAAGACCUUCCCCGAUAACAGGUAUAUCGACAAUUACAAAAGCGAAGACUUUCCAGUGACUGUACCUUCGGGAAAAAUUCUGUACGUGGAAGUCAACGUGGAUACAGAAGACUUGAAGCUCGAGAUUUUGGCCGAAACAUGUUUUGGCACACCUGAUCCUAAUCCUAUUAAACCUGGAUUAAAAUACUUGUUCAUCAGCGAUGGUUGUGCUGUAGACGAUACCUUGAAGUUCCUUCCAUCAAAUGAUGAAAGAAGUCAGAAGUUUAGCCUGGCGGCGUUCAAGUUCUUGGGUGAUCAUCAGUUUGCGUACUUGCACUGCAAGGUCAAGAUCUGUAACGCAACAGACCCUAAGUCACGCUGCGCAAAGGGCUGUUUGCGUGAAGCGAGAAGGAAGAGAUCGCUGAAUACUCGGGAGACGAAUGACGAGGAGUAUAUCCUGGCUCAGGGACCAUUCGUACGUGCAGAAGAUGAUGACGAUGAAACGGAGUCCGACAAGCCAAUAGAGAUCACCGAAGUUCAAAGUAGUGGUCCAUACAGCACUCUCGUUGCUGCUGUAGUUGUUGUUUCUGUGGUUUUUUGUGUCACUUGUGGGUCGAUCCUCGCCUGGAAGAAGAAAAAGCGCAGUGCUGUUCGCAGUUACAAGCUCUAUACUGCUCCUUCUGGAAACUAG